GCGGGUCAAAUAUAAGUUAAUAAUGAUUGAACAUUAAUAGUACGUAAAUAAAGGCAAGGAUGUUAAAGUAAAAUAUCGCUGUAUAAAUGCGAAAGUUUCAAAUAAGUGUGGUUUCAAGUGUAUAGUGUAGAAGACUUUCAUUAAGUUGUAUGUUUAUUGUUAUUGUUACGAACGCGUUGAAUAAUUGUCGCACGCAUAGUGUUGGUGAAAGUAAUUUGAUAAUCACAAUGAUUUUACACAUGUGUGAGCGUACUUCUGGCAACAGAAAAGUGACCGUUUUUGGUGAAGUCCAUGCAUUACAGAUUUGUCUCCUUAUAUGUAUUCAUCAUGAUAGUACCUUUACUAGGUUGGAACCAUACCUUAAGGUUGUAGACCACCAGGUUAUUUCAGCCGAGGCUUCAUUUAUUAUAAAUAUUAAAUUUGAAUAUUUAAACAAUUCAAAAUGAGCGCGCCAAUAGUAACCAAUGCGGGAGAACCGACGCGACGCAAGCGCAGUUCAAAGAUUCCCCAACGUUGGAAGCACUGAUAUGAAGUGUCAAAAUUUUCAAGUAGAAACUUGAGAACUUGAACAUUAAGUGCUAAUUUGUAAAGAUAGAACACUAUAUGUUUUUAAUGAUUUGCAGAUAAUAUAUCAUGAAAAGAGAAAUUCUAUACAAUUUAAGUUAGUUAAGCACAGUUUAUAAAUUCUUAUUCAAAGUAAAAUAGUAUAAACUUUUAGAAUUUUGUUUCUCAUCGAAUCAGAGAAACUUAAUAUUUUAUACAUCUUCACUGCAAUACGCAUUUAAUUUUAUAUUUUCUUCGAAAUGCUGGAUUUUUUAAGCCCCUUCGUGUACUGGGCCCAAACUGAAGAUCAUAUUUCUUUGAAAAUCGACUUAACAAAUGCGAAGAAUGUUAAUGUUAACAUUGGAGAAAAAAAACUGAAAUUUUCGGCACAUGGACAAGGAGCUAGGGGUCCGAAUAACUAUGGUUUUAGUCUUGAUUUUCAUUCGACUGUCAACCCAGAGGAGAGCAAUUACAAAGUAAUCGAUCGCCAGGUUGAUCUUCUACUAAUAAAAGAAAACAAAGCCUGGUGGCCUAGAUUAACUGGCCAACCUCAGAAGCCUUCGUGGCUGAAGAUAGACUUUGAUAAGUGGAAAAGCGAAGAUAUGAACGACAAUGAAGACGAUAAUCGUGAUAUUCGGCAAGACUAUCCCAACAUGUAUGAUAAAUUACACAAACAGGAGUUUGGUUACAGAAGAGAGGAGUACAAACAAGUCUAUCUCGUAUUUUACAAUUUGUGUCAAUUCAUUGGAUUCUUCUAUAUUCUCGCUGUGAUGGGUGUUAAAUAUUCACGUGAUGGCCCAGAGUCGAUGAAAGACACGUAUCAAGUCGUAGGCAGUGCGAUGAAGUUCGUUCAGCUUCUUCAAUUUUUGGAAGUGAUGCACCCGAUAUUUGGUUACAUAAAAGGAAGCCCGUUCAUACCUUUCCUUCAAAUUUCAGGUCGGGCAUUCAUCCUCUUUUUUAUGAUAGAGGCAGAGCCAAGAAUGCAAGCAAAACCAGUUGUAUCUUACGUUUUCGUUGUUUGGUCUUUAAUUGAGAUAGUAAGAUAUCCUUACUACUUAUCGCAGUUAUUAGAGAUCGAAAUUCCGACAUUAACGUGGCUGAGGUACACGAUGUGGAUACCUCUUUAUCCGUUAGGCUUUCUCUUCGAAGGUAUUAUAGUUCUUAGAAAUAUUCCUUAUUUCGAGGAAACGCUCAAAUUCACCGUAUCCUUACCGAAUUCUUGGAAUUUUGCGUUUCAUUCUCCUACAGUUUUAAGACUUUAUCUGCUCCUUCUGUGCAUACCGGGUAUGUAUACCGUAAUGAAGCAUAUGAGAACCGCCAGGUUGAAAAAACUUAGUGGUUUGAAGAGGAAGAUCAAGUAAAUUUGUAUCUAUUCUAGAUUAUUUAAUUAUUGUAUGCAUGUUGAAAAGUAAUCUGUCAUUAUUUUAUAUCGUUUAUAAAUCAUGCAGGUUAUUUAGAAUUCGAAAAUGUAAUAUUAAGAAAUUUUUUAACAGUAUUUUUAAUUCUUAUUUUGUAUUGAUUAGCAGUAUGUAAAUUUAAAUUUCUGAAAUUUUAAAAUAUGACACUGGUGAAGUCCUGAA